AAAAGGCCGUCCAGUGUAACAAACGAAACCUAUGCCUGCUGUCCCCGAUAGCGAUGAAGAAACUACGUUGGCAUUGCAAUGUAAGCCGAGUGGCUUACCACAGUACUUCUGUACCUACCAAAUUCGGCGAGUCGUGUAUGUUCAGACGUUCACGGUCGCUCCUCUUUUGGUUGCGCGACGCUCUCUUUGUGGAACCCUUAGUCUAAGUUCAAUCGAACUUCGACUUACACAGUCUCAGGCUGAACCACCGAGUGUGCUCUGCCGAACAAGCCCGGCAGAUUCAUAGACAAGGACGUUCGCCCGGUCUAUGCUGAAUUCGAUCUCUUUGGACGAGGGACCACUGUCAUCAGGCUAAGCGGGGUCUAGCGGAAAAGAUGUGUGGCUCGGAACCGCUUGUCGCGAAGAUGGCAUGGCCCCACAAGCACCGUGAAACUGAAGACACCAUGAUCCGCGCUGUUCGUAAGACUCUGGCUCACAAGAAGGACAAGUACGUGGCGCACAGUACCAUGGACCUGAAGCGCGCAGUAACGAGGAGCAUCGACUCGGAGAUGGAGUUACCCCGCGUCGCGACUGGGAUCGUCCGGGAGGAGUAUCAGGAUCUUCGAGUCUGCCGGACUCUGAUACUCAAGCGAUACCAACUCUUGCAUGUCAUUGGAUCUGCGGGGAAGUCUCACACUGUGUUCGUUCACGUUGUUCGCGCUCAUUACUGGGUUUAUGAGACAUCCAAGAUAUUGCACCGUGAUAUCAACAUCAAGUACAUUAUGUGGUAUAUGCGGGACGGUCAAAUCAUCGGCGUGCUAUGUGAUUGGGACCUCGUCGAGGAACACAGCAAAGGUGACCGCCGGUCCAUCCGACCUGCAGACGGGACGAACGCUUCCUCGCCAUCAAUCGCGAGCACCAGCAAACAGGCGAGCCAUUCAGAUGAGCCUGAGGGCGCGCAAAAUCCGAGGUAUCGCGCCGGCACAGGUCAAUCCAAGGCCCUGGACCUGCUACGACUCGGAGAGGGCCUACCUUCACAAGUAUCGCCAUGACCUCGAGUCAUUUUUCUAUGUCUACGUCUACGUUGCCUCCGCGUACGAUCCGCUGAAUAAUGUGUUCGGGUACAUCGCA